GGGUAAUCGAUUUCUCCUCGCUCGUACUAGUGAAUCUCGGAUGGGUGCAUUGGCGAUUUGCUGCGCAGGCACAGUAUAGGGUUCUUGGUGGGGGUUUCUUGGGGAUGGAUCUCUCAUAGCUCCGGGGUUUAUUUCCACAUUCUAACUAGACGCAGCAACUUAUCUUUCCCUCGAUUUUGUGUAAUGGCGUGCUCUUUGCUCAAGUCUUGCCUUUCCCAGCUCUAGCCGCUACUCUGCUCUUCCCCCAGCGUGGCUGUUUUGCACUUUUGCGGCCGUCAGUGCGGGAGUGGACAAAGCUAAAGACUUGGGGGCUGGUUCAGACGGGGAUCGACAUGUGUCUAAUAAGACAUGGGUCAGAUUUUGGGUUUAGUUCAGGUUGAUCAGUCAACUGUAGCCAUCAAAGAAAAUUUUGGCAAGUUCAGCGAGGUCCUGGAGCCUGGUUGCCACUUCCUGCCCUGGUGCAUAGGGCAGCAGAUUGCUGGUUACCUCUCCUUGCGUGUGCGCCAGCUGGAUGUCCGCUGCGAAACAAAGACAAAGGACAAUGUCUUUGUCACUGUUGUUGCAUCUGUUCAAUAUCGCGCUCUUGCUGAUAAGGCAUCUGACGCCUUCUACAAGCUGAGCAACACCAGGGAACAAAUCCAGUCAUACGUAUUUGAUGUCAUCAGAGCUACUGUUCCGAAGCUGGGCUUGGACGAUGCAUUUGAGCAGAAGAAUGAGAUCGCAAAAGCAGUGGAAGAGGAGCUUGAAAAGGCAAUGUCUACUUAUGGCUAUCAGAUCGUGCAAACGCUAAUUGUUGAUAUUGAGCCUGACGACCGCGUCAAGAGAGCAAUGAACGAGAUCAAUGCAGCUGCUAGGAUGAGGGUGGCAGCCAGUGAGAAAGCUGAGGCUGAGAAGAUACUCCAGAUCAAGAAAGCCGAGGGAGAGGCGGAAUCCAAGUACCUGGCUGGCGUGGGUAUUGCAAGGCAGCGCCAGGCCAUUGUGGAUGGGCUGAGGGACAGUGUGCUCGCCUUCUCAGAGAACGUUCCAGGCACCACUGCCAAGGACAUCAUGGACAUGGUCCUGGUCACCCAGUACUUUGACACCAUGAGGGAGAUUGGGGCCUCCUCCAAGUCCUCUUCGGUGUUCAUCCCCCACGGUCCUGGAGCUGUCAAGGAUGUCUCGGCGCAGAUAAGAGAUGGCCUCCUGCAGGCUAAUCUGCACUGAGGGUACCCUGAGAAAACGAAGGAUUCAGAGGGAUGAGGGCAUCGGUCCUAUGAUGCUAUAAAAUUGUCAAUUAUAGACUAUAUAUGAUAUAUAGAGGCAGGCUUGAUUGAUUUGUAAAAGCAUAGUUAAGCACCGAUUGAGCUAUAAGUGCACUUGUGAGUGAGCCUGGGUAUCCAAACCUGUCAGCUAUUUGGUAUGUAUAUGUUCUGCGUGCAAAAUCCUACUGUAGCCAUAGCGUUGAACAGGAAGAAUUGUAAAUGGAUUUGGUGAGUUUAUCAA